UUGCUUCGUGCGUAUACGAUUGGUGACAAUAACUGGAGUGACUUUUUUUUUAAACCUCAGACUAAGUUUUUUACAGUCUGUCCUUUUAUGCCGGUCACCUGUCCGCCGUAAAUUCCAGCCAUGGUACCACAACAGACUGGCGCUAUGUCACCGGCAAGUAGUCACUCCAGCUCAGGACCCGGCUCUCCAGCGAUGUCUGAGAGCGGUAGUUCGUGCUCGUCGAUGGAUAUUGGUACCUCUGUGUUGGGUGACGAGGCAAGCGGUGUCUGUGCUACCAACUGGAAAGCAACUAACGGUCACAUCAAGAGGCCAAUGAAUGCGUUCAUGGUAUGGUCACAAAUCGAAAGGAGGAAAAUCAGCGAGCACCACCCAGACAUGCAUAACGCUGAAAUCAGUAAGAGACUUGGAAAACGAUGGAAAAUGCUUAUCGAAGACGAAAAACACCCAUACGUCGAGGAAGCCGAGCGACUAAGGUUGUUACAUAUGCAGGAGUAUCCUGACUAUAAAUACCGACCACGCAAGAAGGCGAAGCCCAGCAAACCAGAGUCUAACAGCCGGAGCCAUAGCUCUAAACACAAGAGCCACCAUUCCAAACACAAGACAUUCAAACUGACCCAGACUUCCAGCGGCGGCCGAGACAGACUACCAAAACUUAAGCUUACCAGGGAAAGCAUCAAGGCGAGCAGGUCCGUGGAGUUAUGCCUGUUUUUUUCACAGUUGACAAUGUCCAGGAUUCCAGAAUCAUUUUCUAUCAUACUUGUAAUAUAUUUUGACUAGAAAAAAUUUUGAACAUUUGAUACAACUUUGGUAAAGUUUGUAGUAAAAGACAUCUGAAUGAAA